AUGCUGUUCUACGAGCGAGACACCCCAAAGCCCGCCCCAGACCCCACAUACCGCCGCCCGGCGCCUCCGGGGGCGCGCACGGGCCCGGCGGCCGCAGCGGCGGUGGCGAGCGGCGGGGGCGAGGCCGAGGAGGAGCCGGAGGGUCAGGCGCGGCAGGCGGCGGCCGCGGGGGCGGCAGGGGCAGCGGCGGCGCCGCCGGCCCCGGGCGGGCUGUUCAGCAGCGUCGCGUCGCCGCCGCCGAGCGGGCUGGGUCUGCCUAUGGCGUCGUCGGUGCCGGCGCCGCUCGCGCCGCGCAGCGCCGCGGUCCAGGGCGCGGCGCCCGCGGGGUCCUCAGCGGCGGCGCGUUCGUCGACGCCGUUCGCUGCGGGUUCGCAGCUGGCGCCGCUCGGCGCGCUGCCUGAGCAGCAGCAGCAGGACCAGGCACAGCAGCAGAAGCAGCAGCAGAAGCAGCAGCAGGAGCAGCAGCAGGAGCAGCAGCAGGAGCGGCAGGGCCAGCCGAACAUAGCGCAUCAUAACAACAAUCAGCAGCAGCAGGAGCAGCAGCAGCAGCGGGGGCCGGCGCGCGGCGCGACGUCGUCGCCUGGGGAGCAGCUUCGAGACCGAUUGUCACGCGUCAGCACGGCGCCUGCGGCCCUGGUGCGGAUGACGCCUUUUGGGGGGGACGCGCCGUCCCCCCGCAGCGCCUCCUCCACAUCAUCAGACGGCGAGGCCAUCGCCGCGGCGCUCGCGGCGGCGCCGCGGCCCGCUCGGGGCAGCGGCAGCGGAGGCGGCGGCGGCAGCGGCGGCGGGGGCGCCGCAGCUAGCGAGCGGGCGGGCGGCAUCGGCGGCGGCGCGGCCGCGCAGCGGGCGGGCAGCAGCGACAGCGCGGGAGCAGACCUGCCGUCGCCCUCAAAGCUGUUGGCGGCCGCCCGCGCGCAGGCGGAGGCAGCGGCGCACGCCGCCGCCGCCGCCACACCGCCGGCGGACGGGCGGCGGCCGUCGUCCGGCGGCCCCGCGGCCUUGCCGCUGCCCUCCCCUUUCGCGCCAACAUGCGAGGCGGGCGGCCCGGCGCAGGGUGCGGCGGCAGCGCCGCCAGCGGCGCUGGGUGUAAGCAACGGCGGCGGCGGCGUCUGUGUGCAGGACCAGCUCCCGACUCCACAGCACUCGCUGAAGCUGGAGGGCGGCGCGCUGGUGCUGCGUGUGCAGCUGCCCGGCGUGGAGAGCUCGCGGGAGGUCACAGUCAAUCUGCUGCCGGAGCUGCUGCAGAUCGCCGUCCCGGGCCGCUACCAGCUGCUGGAGGUCGAGCUGCCGCCCUCCCUCACCCUGGGCCGCCCCGUGGCGCGCGUGGCAGUCAAGCUCUUCAAGCGCACAGCCACACUGCGCGUCGCGGUGGACCUCGGGGAUGGCCCAGAGCGGCGGGGGUCAGAACAGGCACAGCAGCAGCAGCAGCAGCAGCAGCAGCAGCAGCAGCAGCAGCAGCAGCAGGCGCCUGUCGUGGUGGACUGGUGGAGCUCGGGCUCCGACGGCGGCCUCGCCCGCGCCAGCGUCAGCGCCAGCGAGGCGAGCACCUCGUCCGCCGGGCCCAGCUCCCCGCGUGUGCGCCUCGCCGCCGGCGGGGCUGGCGUCGCUGCGCCCCCCGCGGCGCAGGCGGACGGCGCUGACCUGGCGGCGGCGGUGGGCGCGCAGCUGUCGUCGUCGCUGCAGUUGCACACGUCCAUGUCGAUGGGGGACCUCUUCCUCUGCGGCCUCCACGCCACCGCGCGCGCGGAGCAGGUGCUGCGGCGCUUCGGGCAGCCGCAGCCGCAGCCGGCCGCCGCCGCGGCGGGCGGGCCGGCGCCGGCGGCGGGCGAUCCGGGCGCGUGA